AUGUCUCACCACAAAAAACGUGUAUAUCCGCAAGCCCAAUUCCAAUAUGGAAAUCAGCCUGCGGAACCGACUAGCGGGGUUCCGGCUGGACAAGUACAACAGGGAGCCCAACAGCAACUGUUUACUCCUGCACAGCAGCUUCAUCAUCAGAUAGAUCAGGCCACUACUGCGAUGGGCGGCAUGCAAUUGCAUAAUGUACCAGUGGUUGAUCCGAACACGUUCUAUCAGGCAGGAGUUGCAUCACCUCCUGCGGUUCAACAACCAGUGGACAGUUCACAAUAUAACGAGCAGUCAUUUGGGUAUCCUGUUGCUAUGGGUAAGCCGAUGAAUCAAUUGUACCCAAUUGACUUAUUCCAGGAAUUGCCGCCCCCGAUUACAGAUCUUUCCCUUCCUCCUCCACCGUUGCUUGUUCCACCAGAAAGGAUCGUAGUUCCAUCAGAAGACUCCAAUGUAUCUCCGGACUACUUAAGGUGCACUUUGAACGCGUUGCCAAAAAGUAGUUCUCUGUUAAAAAAAUCUAAGUUGCCAUUGGCAAUGGUCAUCAGGCCUUAUUUGCAUUUGGAUGACCGUGUUGACCCUCCACCAUUGAAUACGGAUGGUUGUAUUGUUCGUUGUAGACGUUGUCGUUCAUAUAUCAAUCCUUUUGUCACAUUUUUGGAGGGCGGAAGACGUUGGAGAUGUAAUUUCUGUAACCUUGCAAAUGAUGUGCCCCAGGCAUUUGAUAUGGAUAUGCAAGGCGUGCCAAUCAAUCGGUACGAAAGAAAUGAGAUACAACAUGCUGUUGUUGAGUACUUGGCUCCAAAAGAAUAUGCUAUUAGACAGCCCCCACCAUCCUGUUAUGCAUUUAUUUUUGACGUUUCUCAAAAUGCUAUAAAGAACGGAUUGUUAUCUACCGCUGCGAGGACCUUGCUUGAAUGCUUGGAUACAUUGCCUAACCAUGAUGAAAGAACUCGUAUCACUAUAUUGGCAGUUGAUCAUACGAUCCAUUACUUUUCUAUUCCAUUGGAUGAAGAAGGUGACCAUAUUAGAAUGAUGGAUGUAGUGGAUCUAGAUGAACCUUUCUUACCAAUGCCAGAUACUAUGUUUGUAUCUCUAAAGGAGUGCAGAAAUAACUUAGAGAAAUUGCUGAACCAAAUUCCAGAUGUAUUUCAAGUGAACAUUUUACCUAAAUUUGCGUUGGGACCUGCAUUAAAAGCUGCCCAUAAUUUGAUCAAGGGUAUUGGUGGUAAAAUUAUUGUUGUUUCUUCAACAUUGCCCAACACUGGGGUUGGUAAAUUGAAUAAAAGAAAUGAAGCAAGUGUUGCAAAUACCAGUAAGGAAGCCAGUCAGUUAUUAAGUUGUGGUGAUUCCUUCUACAAAAACUUCACCAUUGAUUGUAAUAAGACACAAGUUACCAUUGAUUUAUUCUUGGCAUCUGAUGAAUAUUUAGAUGUCGUAUCGGUUUCUAAUCUUCCAAGAUACACCGGUGGUCAGACUCAUUUCUACCCUGGAUUUAAUGCUGCAAAUUUAAUUGACGUCACCAAAUUUACAAAAGAGUUCUCAAAACAUAUCAAUAUGGAUUUGUCAAUGGAAGCUGUCAUGAGAGCUCGUGGUUCUACUGGUUUGAGAAUGAGUCGUUUUUACGGCCACUUCUUUAAUAGAUCGUCAGACUUAUGUGCUUUCUCCACUUUCCCAAGAGAUCAAUCAUAUGUUUUUGAAGUUUCUAUUGAUGAGCAGAUAGUACGCGAUUACGCAUACCUCCAAAUUGCUCUCCUUUUGUCUCAGAAUACUGGCCAGCGUAGAAUCAGAGUCAUUACCGUUUGUUUACCAACUACGGAUAACUUAGCCGAGGUUUACGCAUCGGCAGAUCAGCUGGCAAUAACCGUUUAUUAUGCUCAAAAAGGUAUCGAAAAGGUAAUGAGUUCAUCCCUUGAAGAAGCUAGAGAAUAUUUGGAUAAAUCGGUUCAGGAUGUUUUAGCGACGUACAAAAAAGAGAUCGCCAUGUCCAACACAGCUGGUGGCGCCCCAUUAAGGCUUUGUGCUAAUUUACGGAUGUGGCCAUUGUUAAUGCACUCAUUAACAAAGCACAUGGCGUUCAGGCCGGGUAUAAUCCCAGCAGAUCAUCGUGCCGCUGCACUGAAUGCAUUAGAAUCUCUACCUCUUCCACACUUUAUCAAAUACAUAUAUCCAAGCGUCUACUCCUUACAUGAUAUGCCAGAUGAGGCUGGUUCGCCAGGAGAAAACGGUGAGAUUGUCUUACCACAACCUAUUAAUGCCACUUCGUCCCUAUUUGAGAGAUACGGUUUAUAUUUGAUUGACACUGGAAUGGAUAUGUUCUUAUGGCUAGGAGGUGACGCCGUUCCAGAAUUGGUGAUGGACGUCUUUGGGACACAAGAUAUAAUGCAAAUCCAAGUUGGGAAAGGUGAACUUCCUAUCAUAGAAAACUCUGAGUUUAGUGCUAGAGUAAGAAAUGUGAUUGCUAAGCUAAGAGAACAUGAUGAUAUUAUCACCUAUGAAACUCUACAUAUUGUUAGAGGCGCAUCCCCAAGCGAGCCAAUGAACCAUGCUUCUGCUAGAGAAGUAGCAUCACUAAGGUUAUGGGCUAGCAGCCAAUUGGUAGAGGACAAAGUCCAAAGCAGCUUUACUUACCGUGAGUUCUUGCAAAGCAUGAAAACCAAAAUAAGUAAGUGA